AUGGCAUCACGAAGGUUAUCACUCGGCUUGAGCCACACGUUACCUCGUGGCACACAUAAAUUCGACGAAUUUUGCAAUCAUGGAAAUUUGAGAGAAGCUAUAGAGGUUUUAGACUACUUACAGAACCAUGGUCACGCUAUUGAUCUUAUUAGACUUUUAAGGUUAGCGAAACUAUGUGAUAGACCAGAAGUUAUGCAAGAAGCAAAGUUUGUUCAUGAGCGUAUCGUUUCUCUGUCUCAUCCUCCUGAUGUUACCUCUCACAACGCCAUAAUCGAGAUGUAUUCUCGUUGCGGAUCUGUUGUUUACGCAGUCAAAGUGUUUUACGAGAUGUCUGAGAAGAAUACUGAUACUUGGUGUGUUAUGAUGAAGUGUUUAGUCAGAAACGGUUACGGUGAAGAAGCUAUCAGUUUGUUUACUCGUUUCAAACAAGAAGGGAACAAACCAGAUGGAGAGAUAUUCAAAGAACUCUUCUCUGCUUAUGCUUUGACCGGUGAUGUCAAAAAGGGAUCGCUUCAAUUUCAAGCCAUGCAAAGAGACUAUGGAAUCAAACCUUCGAUGGAACAUUAUAAUAGUGUUACCAAAAUGCUGGCAGCUUCUGGUCACUUGGAGGAGGCACUUAGCUUUAUUGAGAAAAUGCCAGUGGAGCCAAGUGUUGACGUGUGGGAAACGCUAACACUACAAGAAAACAUCCUCCAUACCGAUGACAUUUUCCGAGAAAUCUGUUAG